AACUUUCCACCGCGAUUUGGGACAACCACUUGUUUACUGUGUUCAUUCUACGAACCCCAUCAGGAAUAUUGCACUUGAUAGCAUGAUUGAUUGCCAGUACAGUCAAUAGUCUUUGCAUAAUGGCGGAGGUCUCAAACGGCGCGAGAGCCAUUCAAACGACCGCGCAUAUCCCGAUCGCGCAACUGACGCCUCUUCUUGCCGCGCCCGCAUCAAGAUCUAUUAAAGCCGUUGUCACUUUAACGUGGCCGUACAGCUCCAAGACGGGUUCAGUGGCCUUCCUUCUAUCAGAGCCCGACUUUCGAUUGCGACGGACCAGAGGCCAGGUGCGAGCUCAGUUUUCGGGAUCGAGCGCGAAGGAGGUCGCAAAGUCAGGAAUUGCAAGCGGUGAUGGGAUCAUCUUAUCAUUGGACGGGGUAGAAUGGGUACAUGAUGCUACAGUGGCUACGCCAGGCAGAGGGGUGGAAUUCGAGCUGAAGUUCACGGAAAGACUGCUCCUCCAGUUUCAGCAAGAAGAGUCACAGGAGGCAAAGACAAUCGACAUUGAUCAUCCAGCAACUGAGCCAGAGGUUGGGGCUCCUCCCAGAAUCCCAACCCCAGAACUUGCGAUUUCACCUUCAGCAGCCAGCACGGAAACUUCGUCCGGCCCACCAGAUUCUGCGACGAAAAUUAAAGACCUAUACGAUUCUCCUGCAUUUAUCAAACGUGCGAGGACCUCCUAUGGAUCCCUUUUUGACUCGGAUUUUGAUCCAUUUGCGGAGGAGGACGGCACAAUUCCUGGCAAGGGCCGAAAGCGAACAAGAUUAAGCUCUACAUGGAGAUACAGCAGUCGUUCACCAACUCCGGAGGCGGAAGAGGAGGUAGUUGAACCUGUUGUUACGCCUCCUGAACUUGUGGGCAAAUCAUUACCUGCUAUGAUAGAUGAGGGCUGCCAGACUAUUGGUUUGGAAGAUGGUGGUGCGGCAGAAGCGCUGGCCAGUUUUGCAAGACAGUCGAUCAAUGUUGGACGAGAUUCUUACCCAUUUCUUAAUGGAACAGCAGCAUCGAAUGCCGUACCGCGACCAGAGGCUAGCUUUGAGAAUGCCUUGCCGACGGGACAACCACCUACCUUCCAGGUUCAGCACAUUGAUGAUUUGGAGCGAUUAAACACUAACCAAAUUGCUCCCCAAUCCCCCCAUCUCCAACCAGUAUCUUCAGAGUUUUUGCCUCAAGUCUCCCCUCUGCUGUCACGGAAUACCCUCUUCACUGUAAACAUUCAGUCAACAGCAGGUGUUGAGAACACCCAAAGUUUGCCCUUACAAUCUCAAGUAGCGCAGAUCAAUUCUCAAACGGCAGUCACAGAUGCAGAAGCCCUCUAUAGAGCCAGUCCUACUGGAAGACGGGGAGAGCAAGUUGAGGUCGACGUGCCAGCCUUCCAUGGCCCCCUCGCGGACAUUAGUGUCGUCGAGCCGCCUGUUUUCGAAAAUCACUACAAUGCUGAAGAUCAGUAUGGCCAUUGGCAGAGUUCCACCCACUUGAGCCACCAUGCCUCUCCCUAUCGGGCCACAGAAGCAGCCAGUGAGGACGCGCAAGAAGACCGGUUCUAUGUCGAAGAAGGAGGUGAAGAAGUUGAGCAGUAUAGCCACAAUGGCUUCCCAGCUUCGCAUGCCGAGAUGCUCCAUUCUCACCAGUACCCAGAAAUUGAUGACGGGCUUCCCGAUCAGCAUCUUUCGGGAUGGGGACCUAGAGCUCCUGAUGUUCCUUAUCCAGAUCUGCAAGACCACGGACUAGAAGACAAUACUGCUAUGCACCCUCCUCAGCCUCGAUCCACUGCAAUGUCGCGAUCUCAGAGUGGACAAUCCCAGGUUGUGGACCUCACAGAGAGUAGCGACGAGGAAGGAGAGGGCCCAGUAGAGGGUGCACUUGAAGAAGAUGAUUCGCAGUUGGAGGACGAAGAGGAAGAGAUUCUGAGGGAUGAAGAUGGUUCGUUGGAUGAGCAAGAGGAACAAGUGGCGGAUGUGGUGCGAAGUCGACAUUUUCCACAGCGAGAUGCUCUCGAGCAUGAAGAAGAUUUCGAGGUUGAAGGAAGCGAGAGAGAAGAGCAAUACUACGAUGAUGGGUUGGAGGAUGAAGGUGCUGAUACGAUCGACCAACGAUUCAAUGUACCACCGGGGCAAGAAUUCUAUGAUGAAGAGGAAGAAGAGUAUGAGUCUGAAGAUGAAGACAUGGAGGUGCCCCCCCACCACAAGUGAGGCCAACAAGUUCGGCGACCCCACGCUAUCCCCAGGCUCCUUCACACGAAAGCGAGUCAACCGAAGUCGAGGAAGAUUCAGACGACGAGGAGU